AUAGAUAGAUAGAGAGAGAAAGAGAGAGAAAGAGAGAGAGAGAGAGAGAGAGAGAGAGAGAGAGUGAAAAAGAAAAAGAGAAAGAGAGAAAGAACGAACGAGGGUUGUCGUUUUAAAUAGUGCGUGUCAAACGAGAAAAAAAAACAAAAGAAAUAAAGAAAGUGUAUUUAUUUCUCUUGCGAAUAUAAAAAGAAAAAGAUGAAAUUAUUGUGAUAUUCGGAACAAAGACGUGGUGCGAGCUUACGUGUCGACUCUACUAGGUGCAGUGUCGAAAGGAAGAGUUAACGGCGCGCGCGAGAUGGUGCGCGAUAAACUAAUACACAUACGUACUUACAUAUGUCGUUUAAAUGCGACCAACCAAGAACUUGUUAGAUACAUAAACGCAUAGGUACAUAUGUGUUUUGUUGGUACAUACGUAAUACAUAAUACAUGAAUACAUAUAUACAUACAUAUAUAUAUAUAUAUUGUAUGUACGACCAAUUUAUGAAAUUCUCGGUUAUCGAGUUUACAAAAAGAAGGGUCGGAUUUAAAGUAAACAAACAAACAAACAAACAAAUAAACGAAUAAACGAACGAACGAACGAACGAACGUAACAUAAUACGUAACGUAAUGUAAUGCAAAAAGAAAUAUGUUUCAAUAAUUAAUUCAAAUAGGAACGAACGAACGGACGUACGAAGGGAAGGGAAGGAAAGAAGAAAAAAAGAAAUAAAGAAGAAGAGUUGGGGGAAGAGGAGAAGGGAGAGAGAGAGUGUGUGUAGGUUCGGACACGUGCCGAAUACCACGAGCCAACCAACCAACCAACCAACCAAUUCCGCGAGUAUCGAAAAAAUAGAAAGAAAGAAGAAAAAACUGGGAUGGAGAUUAACGGAAGGAGCAGUAAUAACAGGAGAACUAUCGGUGACGAUGCUUGGUACAUCUACCUGUACAAGAAGAAGAGGAUCUCCACCCCGUCGUCGUCGUCGUCGUCAUCGUCAUCGUCGUCGUCGUCGUAGGUCCUCGUCGUAGUACGAAAAGGAAAAUCGUUUGCGUUUCGUCGAAGGAACAACAUCAGGGGUAGGCGCGCGAAGACACUUGUUGCACGUUACUCAAUUCCUAAGAAGAAGAACAAUAAGAAAAACAAGAAGAACAAGAAGGAGGAAGAGGAAGAAAAAAAUAGAAUGGUUUGUCAAGGGCUAUGGGGAUUAAAGAAAAAAAUAUAUAUAUAUAUAUCAGUCACCGUAAGGGUCGAUAGAUAAAGAAAAAAAGGAAAGAAAGAAAGAAAGAAAGGAAGAAAGAGAGAUGCCGAUCGAUCACUCAAAUCCGUCCUUCCGUCGUCGAGUUUGUUUCGUGAAAAUCCUCCUAUUAUUAUUAUUAUUCCCCCUUUUCAUUUACGAUCAUAUAUCGGAUCUUCGAUCUUCGAAUGAAUAAAUAAAAAAUAAAAAAGAAGAGAAGAGAAGAGAAGAGAGAUAGAUAGAUACCUCGGAUAAUCGGGAAGUUAGAUUGAUCGAUAGCUCGACGAAAGUUGGAAUCGUUGAAUGAAAAAAAUAUAAUCGAAAAGGAGAGAGGGAGAGAGAGAGAGAGAGAGAGAGUUUACGAGGGACAAAGGUUGUGAGAGUGUGAGUGAGUGAGGGGGAGGUGUAAAAGAGGGGCGCGUGGGGAGGGGAAGGAGGAGAGGAGGAUGACCGGAAGAAACGUAACAAGAAGAGAAUACGGUCGGUGACAUCGGUGGGUGGGGGUUGGUUGGUUGGAAAAGUGUCAUCGGCCGGCAGCCAUUCUGGAUAGGAAAAAGAAUAGGAUUAUUUUAUUAGGGUACCUAAUCGAUUAUUUCGGGUACCUUAUAGUUGGUCUCGGUGAUAUUAAGGAAAGAGAAGAGAAAGAAAGCUGGAUCACCUGCGUGGAAUGUCUUCGGGCGCCAAGCGACUGGUGCAGUCGCUUAGGGGCCGAACAGGUGGCGGUGGUAGAACCGUUGGCGGGGGUGGAGGAAGUACACGUUCGGAUGGAUUCAUCGGCGACGUUAACGUCGUCGGUUCAGCUGGGUCAAGCACCAGUGCAACAAGAUUAUGUCACUACGACAGCGGCCACGAACUCGACGAAAUUUCCGUCGUCGGAAGCAGUGCCGUCGUUCCUGUCGCCGCCGGGGGAAUCCCCAUUGGUUCUUUGCCUACCCCCACUACUCCCUGCCAUUGCACCGCUCACAAAUAUGGCAGCGGGCAAACGCUUUAUAGCAUUGCCGGACUUCCCCCCGCACCAGCGGCACCUUCCCACAGAGGAAUUCACUCCGGUGGUAUCGGAUCGACGACCGGGGGUGCGAUCGACCGUUUAAGUUGCGGUUCAGCUUCCGCAUUGGGCUACGACGUCGUCGAUAAAUACAGGGAUGGUGGUAUCGGCGAGACACCUGGAGGAGGAAGAAGAGGAGGAGCAGGAGGAAUGGGAAUGGGUAUGGGGGGAAUGGGAAUGGGAAUGGGAAUGGGUGGGGGAAGAUCGGUGUUAGGUAGAGAAAGGGAAGAUGAUACGAAAAGCGCGAAAAGUGCUGAAAGCGUCUCCAGAGGGGUUCUACACUCGAGACAAAGUCUUUUGGAUCUUGUUAGCCAUAAAAUCAUGGGUAGACAUACGCCCACUCAUCAUUAUUAUCAUCAACAACAGGUUCAGCAGGUAUACUCUGUGUCGCAGCGAUACUUUGGCUCGUCCCGAGAUUCCCUUCAGGGUGGAUACGUUAAUCGGGGUGCUAGCGAAUUGGAUCUCAGUCGGAAACCAAGAAGGAGGGACCAGCAAAGAAGUAGAAUUAAGUUGCCCUAUACGGUAGCUGCAACCCCGUCGCGUGAUCAUUCGCAACUUCAUACGCCGGCCUCCAUCAAUCAUCUCAGUAAUGUCAGCUGUAAUGGCACCGAAACUAGGUACACAGCCCAACAGCAGCAACAACAACGAGGUAGUCGUGGUUUUCCUAGUCAUGCUGGAACCAAAGGUUUUCGUACAGGUGCACCCAAUUGGUCAUUCAUCUUCGACCCAGCGGGACGACUUUGUUAUUAUUGGUCGAUGGUGGUUUCCCUAGCCUUCCUUUAUAACUUUUGGGUCAUCAUCUAUAGGUUUGCCUUCCAGGAGAUAAACGGCGAAACCCGCUGGAUUUGGUUCUGCCUGGACUAUUUCUCGGAUUUUUUAUACGUUCUGGAUAUAAUAUUUCAUAUAAGAACCGGAUAUUUGGAGGAUGGCGUUUUACAAACUGACGCGACCAAGUUACGGAAUCAUUAUACGAACAGCACUACGUUUUACAUAGACAUUCUGUGCCUGCUGCCCCUCGACUUUUUAUACUUAUCUAUAGGAUUCAACAGUAUGCUGAGAAGUUUUAGACUCGUUAAAAUUUACCGGUUCUGGGCGUUCAUGGACAGGACCGAACGACACACGAAUUAUCCGAAUUUAUUUCGUUCCACCUCGUUGAUACAUUAUUUGCUGGUGAUCUUUCACUGGAACGGGUGCCUCUAUCACAUUAUUUAUAAGAACAACGGUUUCGGCAGUAAGAAUUGGGUAUUCAACGAUUCCGAAACCGCUGACGUUGUUAAACAGUAUCUACAAAGUUACUAUUGGUGCACGUUGGCACUAACCACCAUUGGCGAUUUACCCAGGCCAAGAAGCAAGGGCGAGUAUCUCUUCGUAAUAGCUCAGCUGCUUUUUGGUCUACUCCUAUUCGCCACCGUACUAGGACACGUGGCUAACAUCGUAACUUCGGUCAGCGCGGCACGAAAAGAAUUUCAAGCAAAGUUGGACGGCGUUAAAACGUACAUGAGAAUGAGACGUGUACCCAAUCAUCUACAAGUUAAAGUUAUCAAAUGGUUCGAUUAUCUUUGGUUGACGCAAAAAUGUUCCGACGAGGAGAAAGCUGUCAGCUGUCUUCCUGACAAGCUGAAGGCCGAGAUAGCUAUAAACGUGCAUUUGGAAACCCUCAGAAGGGUAGAAAUAUUUCAGAACACGGAAGCUGGUUUUCUAUGCGAGUUGGUACUCAGACUGCGACCGGUACUUUUCUCACCUGGCGACUACAUUUGUCGAAAAGGUGAGGUAGGAAAGGAGAUGUACAUAGUUAACAGAGGUCGGCUCCAGGUUGUAGCCGAUGAUGGGAAGACAGUCCUCGCCACCCUUAAGGCGGGUUCAUACUUCGGGGAGAUCAGCAUUCUCAAUAUGGGGACUGCAGGUAAUCGACGAACAGCGAGUGUGAGGUCUGUCGGCUACUCGGACCUAUUCGUUCUCAGCAAAAAGGACAUGUGGGACGUCCUUAAGGAAUAUCCAGCUGCUAGAGUUAGAUUGGAAUCAAUAGCGGUUAAAAGACUCGAGAAGUACAAAAAAGCUCCACUUAAGAAACUGGCAAUGAGCAGAUGUCAGAGUGCACCCGGAUUGGUAGAAUUACAUGCAAGAAAACCAAUAGAGGAUACAUUGGUGUCACCGUCAGGUGACAAAAUAAGAGGCCAGGGUUACGCUAUUGGUGCUGGUACACGUUCACUGUUUACCCCGAGUUCGAGUCCAGUAUUAACGCGAGCUGGGGGUGUUACCAGUGAUACCGGGGUACCUACUAGCAUCGCAACCGGUCCUAUUUUACCUGGUAAUAACGUCAACGUCAGCGUCAACGUCACUAGCAGAAGUAUGGACAGCCCGAUGAGUGCCACGAGCAGUGGACAAAGUAGCGAGGAUCCAACUGCCAGGAUGCCAAGAUCACUUGCAACUCAGCCUUCAACUGGACGACAAUCUACUCAUUCAGGUAUGACGUGCAACAGCAUGACGCAGUUAAUGAGCGAAGGUGCUACACCGUUACCCGACGUGACCUCGCACGAAGCACUUAUAGCUGAGAUCAAACACUUGAGGGAACGUCAGUUAACGUUGGAAACAGAAAACGCAACACUUACCGCUCGAUUGAAUCAAAGAGAAUGGAAAGUGGAACAACGUUUGACAGAAAUCGAAUUGCAAAUUUGUGGUGUCAAGCGCGGCAAAGCAAAGAUGGAGCUUAUACGUCGUUUUAUCGAACAAGCUAAGGUUGAAGAUUUCAUUGGUUCAUUGACAAACGUCGAACUCAACGUAGGUGCAAGAUUAAGCGACACCAAAUCGAUCGGUAGCUUAAGUCAGCAUUUUUUCGAGAGCGACGAAGAUGAAAGGUAUUACGGAACGUGCAACGGUUACGCCUCACAACCCGGAAGCAAAUCAAACCUGUUGCUGUGCAGCGAAUGCGAUCAAAAGACACGUACUUGCACGUACAGACCGCAGACACCGGGAUCUUAUUUUGGUCGUUACGUAGAGGAACGUUUGGAUCCUAGGGAGGAUUUAACUUUCCUUAGGCCGGAAUACAAAACGUCUGUCCGUAGUAGUCCAUCGCCAAGAUUGUCACGUGAUUUUCAAGAAAUUUCUAUGUCGCCUAGAUCACGAAACCAUUUUCAGGAUUCACCGUCACCGAGAUCUAGUCGUCAAGAGUUCAAGGAUCAACAACAACAGCAACUAUUGUCGCCCGAAUAUAUUCGUCGGGAGGAAACUUUCGGUGAAUUGGAAAAACGUCAAAAACAAAAGGGAAAGGAAGAAGAGAAUAAUGAAAAUGAAGAAGAAGAAGAAGAAGAAGAAGAAGAAGGUGAAGAAAAUGAAGAGGAAGACGAAGAAGCUGAGGAAGACGACAGUCCGGUUUGCGAGCUUUGUCACGGUAACGGUCUUAUUUUGGUUCACUGCGAACAUUGUAAUUUUUCAACCGAAGGAGAUCUCAUAUGUUUCCGUUGUCAAAGCGACGAAAAUUCAUUUAACGGCAACAAUGGUUGUCCACGUUGCGAGAGAAGUGCUAGAAUAGCUGCUGCUACUGCAGUAACUGGCGUAACUACAUCGUCCGAUGAAGAUAAUCGUCAUCGUCAUACGAGUAAAUAUCCGGUAGACGCGGUAGUUAAGAUCAAAUUAAACGAUUACAUGAUAGACGUUGAUUCGGACGAUACAAACGACAGCGAUCCAUCGAUAGAUCGUCAAAGAACUCAAGUUGAACGACUCGACACUAUCGUUGAGAUCAAAGGCGACACUGCCAGCGAAAACGACGACGAUAACAAUGGCGGCAACGGCGGCCAUGACAGUGGUAGCAAUGGCAGCGCCAAAUUGAACGGAACUACGAGCGCGAGAUUUCUCAAUUACAUGAUCGUACUAUGCUUGUAAAUAAAUUAAUAUUUUAAUCGAUUAAAGUGAUAGUUAUACAUCAUCGUCAUCAAAAUGCAAUUUCUAUUCGCUACGCGUAUUAUUAAAAGAGAAUGAUAAUAUUAAUAAUGUGAUUGGCGAAUGGAACGAGAGAUAAAAAGAUUAAAAAAAGAAACUUUGGCCGAUGAUUAUUCUUAACUGUAAAUAUUAGAAAAAAAUAAAAACAACAAAAAAAAAAACUGCCAAGUGACACGCGAUAGUCAAAAUCGAUUUUCUCUAAAUGCGACGUAGAAUUAAAAAGAAAAAAAAGAUAUUAAAAAUUAAAAUUAAAUUAAAUAUGUACUUAUAUAGGUAGCUCGUAUAAACGGUAAUUGAAACAGAAAUAAAACUAGGGGGAAAAGGUGGCAAUGAUAUUACGAAAGAAUGAAAUAGAAAAAUACGCCGAGCGAAUUGGAUCAUACAAAAAAAAUUGAUAAAUAUUUAAAAAGAGAAAGAAAGAAAAGAGAGAGAGAGAGAGAGAGAGAGAGAGAGAAGAUGGAUAAAACAAUCUGUCUCAGGGACAGCCGAUCUGCCCGCAGACUUUCGUCGCCGAGCGCCAAAAAAGGAAAAAACAAAAACAAAAAAAUAAGAAAAUAUUAAAAAAUUAAUCCAGAGGCGUUCCUGCGCACGUAACCAUUAGAAUGGGUUUGUACAGAGAUCGUAAUUAUACAAUAUAUAUUGUCUCUCACUUAGGAAACACCUUCCGUUAAUUUUCUAUCCAAAAAAAAAGAAAUAAAAAAAAUACUGUAACAAACGACGAAAGAACGAGGGCUCUCGUCUCGCUGAUUGUUAAAAAAACAAAAAGAAAAAGAAAACAAACCAUACUCUCUACUGAAGAAAGAUACGAGAAAAAAAUCGAUACGAAGCAAACAAAAAACGAAGAAAAGAGAAAACUAAACGAAGAAUGUGCUAGAGGAUAAUGCGCGAAGUAAUAUAUAAAGUAUAUAUGUGAAUACUAUAUAUAUAUAUGCUGCCAAAAUAAUAAAUCAAAAAAAAAAAAAAAACAAUUUAAACAAAUUUAGCGCGAGGACUUUACGAUUUAAGAUUUUUCAUACCUUCGAUCGAAUUCUUUCUUAGCUUUUAUGUAAAAGCAAUAGGCGCGAGCCCGUACGCGGACAUCACACACACACACACACACACACAUACACGUUGACACACAAUUUAAACAAACAAGGAUAAAUGUGGUGAACACUCGCGUAUCGUCGGAGAGAGAAAGGCUAGAGUAAUUAUA